GGUAACGUAGUAAGUUGAUCGACGCACAGCAAGAUCUUCACUUAACGACUGAACACCACGCGAGCAGGAACUGUGUAGCCGGCGUCCAAGAGGACGAAGAUAGACAGACUUUAUUGAAUACACAGUCAUCACUAAAGAUGUUCAAGAACACAUUUCAGAGUGGAUUUCUAUCCAUACUUUACAGUAUAGGAAGCAAACCGUUGCAAAUUUGGGAUAAAAAGGUACGAAAUGGUCACAUCAAACGUAUCACAGACAAUGAUAUCCAGUCCCUAGUAUUAGAAAUUGUUGGAACAAAUGUCAGUACAACAUACAUAACGUGUCCAGCAGAUCCAAAGAAAACACUUGGUAUAAAGCUUCCAUUCUUGGUGAUGAUCAUCAAAAAUUUAAAGAAAUAUUUCACCUUUGAAGUACAGGUUUUAGAUGACAAAAAUGUCAGGAGGCGAUUUAGAGCUAGCAAUUACCAGAGUACCACAAGAGUGAAGCCAUUUAUCUGUACCAUGCCAAUGAGGUUGGAUGAUGGCUGGAAUCAAAUUCAGUUCAACUUGUCAGAUUUCACAAGGCGAGCUUAUGGAACAAACUACAUUGAAACCUUGAGAGUCCAGAUUCAUGCCAACUGUCGAAUCCGAAGAGUAUACUUCUCAGACAGACUUUAUUCAGAAGAUGAAUUACCUGCAGAAUUCAAAUUAUACCUACCUGUACAAAACAAAGGAGCAAAGGCAUAACAAACAUUAUCUGACUAUUAGAACAUUUUAACUCAGUGUAAAUACAUCAACAUUUUAAACUGUUCAAAUUGCUACUCAAGAAAGUUACAAAAAUGUCUGUGGAUAAAAAAUUUAUUGGAGGGCUGAAAAAAUAUGUGUACCUUAGUAUACAACCGAUGUUGGACAAUAUGAACAUUGAACAAGUGGAUAUUGGCAACACUGAUGGAAUGAACAGUUACUUGGCAUAUAAUUUAAAUGUGCCAUUAUUUCCACAGGGCCACAACCAGUUUUAAGUGUUCAUAACAGUUCUCUUGUUAUUUUUGUGUCUUUUGAGAGGAAAAAAAACUAUUUCUGUAGUCUUUACAAUUUAACAAAAAAUCUCAAAUCUGUAUAGUUCUUGCAACCAAAUUAAAACUCAGGAAUGGGUGUUUUAUAGAAUCCUGAUUAUUUGUGAUUGGAAAUUUAGAAUUAAUUAUACAUUUGAGCAGCUGGAUGACUGAUGAGCGUAUCAAAAUGGAAAGAAUAUUAAAUAUUUUAAAAAUUGCCUGGAAGAUUUAUCUUUUUUGCAAAGUUGGGGAUUUGUUGCAAUAUAUGUUAUAUAUCAAAGUUAUUUGUUAUAUUUUGUUUCAACCGAUUUCCCAACUUUUCAUAUUUUUUUUUCAUAAAAUACAUUUCAUUCAAUCAUUCAGCUUCAUUUAAGCAUAAGGCAUAUUAAAAAUGUUCUGCAUUUUUACCCAUUGUAAAUAUAGGAAAAUAAACAUAUAAAGAACAGAUUUUCUUGUUUUGACAGUGAUAUUUAGGGAGGGGGCUGAAUGAGAUUAUCCACUUGGUAAAUGUGCUCUUCUUUGUGUGCUUGUGUUGAGUCACCUUAAGGUGCUUAGUGAGUCUUAGAACAAUUGUAACUUUGUCCUAUUUGUUUUGUUAUGUUUUGGUUUGAGGUCCACAACGACAUUCAGGCCAAAGAAUUAUAAUAAUAAAUAUUAUAUAAAGUC